GCGCAUUUGAGUGAACAAAAUGCGUUUAAGGGUACUGAUCCUGAUCUUCGUGUCCUCAGCAGAGGGAUUUUUUAUCAGUUUUGCCAAGAAGAGUGUCAAUGUAAAGUGUCGAAAGCUCCCGAAUGUGGAUAAGAAUAUUGAAGAAGUGCUAAGUGAGUGCCAGGAGGAGGUGAAAUAUGAAUUUGUGCGGGAACUCUAUGGCUAUCAACAGUACGACCUUGCACAGUCGCCAAUUGAACGCUUGGACACCCUCAGAAGAUCAAAAAGAGAUGCCGAAGAGUUUCAACAUCCAACAACAGUGACCCAUGUCGAACGAAGACUGGCCGGAUGUCUCCUCAGGUGUUUCUACAAGAGGAACAAGGCACUCAACUACUUUGGCUACCCCACCCUCUAUGGCCUUGUGCACAUUUACACGGACGGCAUCGAUGAUCAUCCCUACUUCAUGGCGGUUCUUCAGGCAACUGAAGAAUGUCUCCUUGGGAUCUCCCACAAAUACAGCAUCCACAUCCAACUAAACAGUGUUGAUCGUGAAAGUUGUGAUGUUGCCUUCGACGUCUUUGACUGUUUAUCCGAUAAGAUCACAGAGUACUGCAGCAACCAAACACUCCCAGAUAAUCAUGGUCUUUAAUCAGGAGAAGAGCAAGUUCAGAUAGCAGAGCUAAUGCAAUUAAAAACUUCUUAAUAAUAUUAGAAAAUAACACAAUGCAAUGGUACAAUUCAAUUUCUUCUUUAUGAUAACAUAUAAUUAUUUUAAAUCAAUUUUAACUAAAUAGUUUACCACUAAUUUAAAAACUUUGCCAUGCUAAUUUAUCACAUAAAUUUCGUCUUUUGCAAAAUGAAACAUUAGUGAAUGCCCCUAAUCACUAUAAAUAAAGUUGUUCAGAUACCCAUUUACAUCUUUCUGCUUUGUUGUUUUACCUCUAAAAAAAGAGAUACAUUUUGAUUGAUUCUCAAUACAUUUUAUUUAAAUUAUUGCUA